UAGCAGUGCAAAACCACGAGCAUCUAGUCCUAGACCGCCUAGUAGUGUUUCGGACGGGAGUGGAUCCGUCAGGCAACUAUCCCUUGAUGAUAAAGGUAUCCCUGUCGUUCAACUGCAAAAUCCACAAGAAGCCUGUAGUACUACCGCGUCUGCAGUUGCAACAACAUCAUCG